AUGGAGGUCGCUGCCCGUCCACCGCGAGCAUCCGCAGGUGCCAGCCCUGCGGCUGGAGCGCGUCGAUGGGCACUGAAGAAGAUGGACCCGGACAUGUGCCAGGCGACCGUGGUCGUCGGCUGUUGGGCCGAUGACGACCUGUCCGAGGUUCCUCUCGAAGAAGACGUGAGACGGAUUCAGGAAAUUAUGCGUGUGACGCCGAACUUCGGUGCUCCUCUGUCCGGGUCCGGAGGGCCUACACGCGUGCCAGGCGUCGAGGGGACAGGAAAGAGGAUCGCUAGAGCGUACGAGGUGCUUCGUGCCGCGCGGGGUGCCCUGCGACUGGCGAUCCGGAAGGCGAAGGCUGGGGCUUGGGCUGAUCUGAUCGCAGAUCUAGACAAUGACCCGUGCGGUCAUCCUUACCGCUUGGUCUUGAAUAAGCUCAAGUCAUGGACGCCCCCGACCACGGAGACCCUGGAACCCCAGUUCCUUGAGCGUGGUGGGGGCCGUGUUCCCAAUCAGAGAGCGGGAAAUCCUCCCGCGCGUCGACCGCCCUGUUAUCGAAGGGUGGUCGGAGGAGCUGGAGGUGACGGGGCCGGAGUUGGAGCGCGCCAUUCGGAGCUGAGGGACAAGCUCAAGGCUCCAGGUCCGGAUAGUGUGCCGAGUUGGGCCUGGGUUCUGGCAGCGGACGACCUUGGCGACCGCCUGAGGCACCUGUACACCAGGUGCUUUAAGGAAGGAAGGCGCUGGUGUACUUCCGGCUGCCUCCCUGUCUGGUCGCCACCGUGGAAGAUUACCUCCGAGACAGACGGCUGGAGUUCGUCGACAAAGACGGACUCCAGAGCGGAAGGGCUGUGUCGUGUGGGGUUCCGCAGGGGUCCGUCCAGGAUUUAUGGAACCUUGCAUACGACGCUGUUCUGCGGGCGACCAUUCCCCCGGGGGCCCUGCUACGCAGACGACACGUUCGUGCUCGCCGGAGGGGCCGACUGGGGGACAGCGGUAGCAAAGGCGAACCAUGCCGUGGCGGGCGUGGUCCGAGCCAUCGAGGCAAUGGGACUGCAGGUGGCGCCCCAGAAAACCGAGGUCCUGUUCUUUCACGACGGGUUUUGGGGGGGCGCCACCGCAGUCCCGCAUAAAGGUGGAUCAUACGGCGGUGAGGCCGACGAUCGAGUAUCUAGGCCUCAGCCUGGACGGCCGGUGGGGGUUCGGCAAACAUUUUGA